GAUCAUCAUCAUCAUCAUCAUCAAUUGUAAUUGUCACUAAGUCAUCGUCAAGUUAUCAGGAAAUUAUAUUUUAUUAUUAUCAUCUCUAAACACAGACACAUUUGGCAAUGUUGUGUGUUUGAUUGUGAUGUGUAUUGCUCUUGUUCAAUAUAUGAUGACCCAUACAGUAGUAUCAACGAACGAUAUUCAUUCAUUUACAAAUGAUAAUUAUAAAUGAAAAAGUUUUGUAUAAAUACCAGUUUGGAUUUGAACGAUUAGUUUUUUUUUUAUUUUAAAAAUUUACAACACUGAAGAGAAAAAACAAAACUUCGAACAAAACACGAUGGCUGGCCAAUCAUCAAAAAUUCGAAUGAAUUUUCAUCAAGAUUGUGAAAAUGGUAUUAAUAGAUUGAUCAAUCUUGAAUUGUAUACAUCCUAUACAUAUCAACAAAUGGCCAAUCAUUUUAAUCGUGAUGAUGUAGCAUUAUUGGGAUUUGAAAAAUUUUUCAAUGAAUCAUCCCAACAACAUCGUAAACAUUAUGAACAUUUUAUACAAUUACAAAAUCAACGUGGUGGCCAUAUUGUUUUGGAUGAUAUACAAAAACCAAUUGAACAUCGUUGGUCAUCCGGAUUGGAAGCAAUGAAUGCAGCAAUGGAAUUGGAAAAAACAAUGAAUCAAUCAUUGUUGGAUCUACAUAGUUUAGCAUCAAAACAUAAUGAUCCACAUUUUGCCGAUUUUAUUGAAUCACAUUAUCUCGAUGAACAAGUUGAAGUGAUUAAAAAAUUAUCUACAUUCAUAACCAAUUUGGAACGUUGUGGUGGUACUGGAAUUGGUGAAUAUUUUUUCGAUCAUUAUACAUUACAACAAUCAUAAUCAAUUGAAAUUCGUAAUCAUAAAUCAUAAAAACU